AUGGAGGCGUCGCAUGCCCCGCCGCCUCCUCCCUCUGCUGCUGCCGCCGCGGCUCAUGCUAUCUAUGAACCAUGGCGCACUGCUCCUCCUACCUAUCCUCCUCCUUCCUUUGAUGAUCGUCGUGCUUCAAAUCCUCCCCAGCCUCCUCUUCCGCCGCCUCACGCGUAUCCUGUUAUACCCAACCGUGAAUUGCCGCAAUUACCGCCUGACGGCCCAUAUGGGCGGCCCAACAGUCUCCCUGGUCCGGUCACUACGCCUCCCGAUGCUCAUGGACCACCACCCCCGAACUAUCGCAUGAACGGUGCUCCUCCCCAUGAGGCUCCGCCGCACUCCGCUCCAGCUGAUUAUCGCGCUCGUUUGCCAUAUCCUCCGCCAGAGCAACCUAGCAAUGGCGAACCCGUACCAGCACAUUCGAUCCCUCCCGCGCAAUAUCCAACUCCGGUCCCAGCACCAAUCCCACAGACCCCGACACCGUUUGAUCCUCCUUACUACCAAAGUCAAGCUUAUGGCAUUCGUCAACGAAAGGCUGCGCGUGCGCAACAGGCCUGUGACCAAUGCCGAGCGAGAAAGGCUAAAUGCGAUGAGGGUCGACCAUCAUGUAGUCAUUGCAAAGAAAAUAACCUCCCUUGUGUUUACAAGGAGGUUCCACCACACAAACAAGAGAAAGCGACCCAGCUCCUUUUGGAUCGGAUGCAGCAGUUGGAAGAUCGAUUGGAAGAGCGCAUGACCCAGCUACAGUCCAUUCAGGUCGAACAAGGCUCCCAACUGAGUCGAAUUCUCGCAACAGAGGCCAAGAUGAAGGAGGCCCGCGUGGUAUCUAACAAAGACCCCGCUCGACCUACGUCGCAAAAGCAAGCCACUGAACCGAUACCGAAACCCGAUAUGCCGGAUGUUCUGCGCGAGCAAGAGAGCAAGGAGGAAAGUACCUCGUUCGUUGUGGGCCAGAAAAUCGAUGCCGCUGAAAAUGUCGAGGAUGGCCUCAAGGAUGACGACGACGGGGAGCUGUCUAUCCCCGUCGAGCACACCACCGCGGCGCACAAGCUUCUCAUGUGGCCCUCCAUCAAGAGUCUUUUAUUCCCCAGAGAGUACGAUGAGGAUUAUGUCAUGAAACUCGAGGAGGGCCGCGGUUUGAUCCGGGUUUAUGGCCGUGGUGAAGGCGAUGACACGAGUGAGGAAUCUGUUCUGCCAAACCUUUCGUAUAUGGCAUCCAGUUCCAUCCCUAACUGGGACGAGCCACCUCAUUCCAACAAUGGCUCUCCCGGCGGUGGCUGGACCGCGAGCGGAGCUGGUGCGGCUGCUGCCGCACCAUCAUCGUCAUCUUCACCCUUGAAGCCACUUGAGCAUGGGAUUGAAGAGUCCGGCGUUUUGACCAUCGAUGCGGAUACCGUCCGUCGUUUACACUCGAGCUACAUCGGCAAUCUGCAUAAAUUGCAUCCGUUCCUCGACCAGAACGAUCUCGAGAAGAAGCUCGAUUGGUUUAUCCAGGUCUAUUGCCCGGUGGGACCGUCGAAUCCGGGCAUUCCCGCAGAGUAUCCCCGGGGAGCCAAGCGCAAGCGCUCUUGUGAUACGUUACACGGUGUUGCAUGCGAUGUGCCGUCUCCCGCCACUGUGAAGACGGAUCGGGCCUCCCCGCGACGCAUUGAGCAAUCAAUUGACAAUGCCAUCAUCCUCCUGGUGAUUGCCUUGGGUAGUAUCUGUGAAUGGAAGGAACUCCCCGUCCCGGGGUCGGUCACUGACAAUCCCCCGGAUUUCCGCAAGGAACAAAUCCCUGGCCCGUCGCUGAACCGAAGCCUCCUUUCUCCAGCUGCGUCAGAUUCGGCCCUUCCAAUCUCCAACAGCCUCUACGCGCCGACGAGUAGCCAGCCUUUUAACUCUCCGUCGCUUGUUGACGGUCGACGAAGUAUCGCCGGUCAGUCGUCCAACCGGGAAGGUCCAGACAACCGACAUCUGAGAAACAUGGAUGUCAUCCCCGGGUUGGCCUACUAUGGAUAUGCAACCCAGAUUCUGGGUGCUUUGCAGGGGGCCAAUGGAUUGCCCCAUGUGCAAGCCGCGUUGCUUGCCGGUCUUUACGCCGGUCAAUUAGCCCAUCCAUUCCAGAGUCAUGGAUGGAUUUACCAGGCUGCUCGGGCCUGUCAGGUGCUUGUUCGAUCGAAGCGAUAUGAACAGAUGAGCGACGGCCCUCUCAAAGAUCUGGUUGACUUUGCGUACUGGACUUGUUUGCAGCUGGAGAGUGACAUCCUGGCUGAGCUUGACCUCCCGGCUAGCGGGAUUUCCCGUCUCGAAGGAAGAAUUUCCUUACCUAAGGGCCGCUUCACUCUUUCACUUCCCAAUGAGAUUUGUGCGCCCAGUACAAUGAUGAUGUUCUUCUACUCGGCUCAGAUCCAUCUGCGGAAGGUAUUGAACAGGGUUCACACGGACUUGUACAAGGUUGAGAAGCAAGGCCAGACCCGUUGGUCGUCAAAUGUGCAGGAAAUCCUAAGCAUGAACCUGCAAUUAUGGCGGAGUAGUCUUCCUGAAGUGAUGCGAUGGAGGGACGGCGAUCCGCCAUCGAAGGAAAUCAACGUCGCCCGGAUGCGUGCCAAGUAUUACGGUGCCCGUUAUAUUAUUCAUAGACCACUACUUUACCACGCCCUCCACUUUGCUGGACGGGCAACAUCGGUUGACUCCCCAGGGGCCGCUCCGGCCAUGUCCGGCUCGCGGUCUCAACAGAUGUCCCCUUCGAUGGCUUCCGGUCAGCGCCCCACUACCAUGGGUCGACUUCCGAGUGACAUGGGUACGGCACCAGCUCAACGCGCCCCCGGAAGCACUCCUGGAUGGGGAUACACCUCAGGAUACACCUACCGGGAUCUUCCCACCAAACUCCGACGAGCCUGUAAAGUCUGCAUUGACUCUGCCAUUUUGAGUACUGAAGCGUUUGAUGGUAUUGAAGGCCGUCCUGUGGUGACUAAUAUUUUCGGAACGGCUCAUGCACAAUUUGGUAACAUGUUGGUGCUUUCUGCCACAUACAUGUCCAACCUCUCCGAACUGGUGGACCGAAAUAUCCUCGAGCGACUCCUCCGGCGUACGAUCCGCUUCUUGCUGCAAAGCCGGUAUAUUUCUCCCAGCUUGCGAGCUGAUGCUAAGAUCCUGACCGAAAUCUAUGAGAAGAUCUUUUCCGAGUCACCCGGAAGCUUCGCGAAUUAA